AUGGAUUAUUCAACAAUAAGUAAUAAAACCGAAGUUGAAGAAUUAACAGGAGGGGAUUUAUCUGAAAACUAUCAUUUACUUCGUAAACAGUAUAAUAAUUUAUCGAGUAACUUCGAAGCUAUUAAUCAAGAACUCCACGACACAAGAAGAAGUUAUCAAACGGCAUUAGAUGUUCAAAGUCAUUUAACGGCGGAAUUGGAAAGUUAUCAAGCUGAAGAGAAGAAACGUAGAGCCGAGCUGACAUCGCGGAUAACAGCUUUACAAGAGGACAUAUUAAUACUACGACAAGAGCGUACAGAAUUAACUGACCGUCAUUUAAAUGAAAUUAAAAAACUAGAACUUGAAAAUAAACGCUUAAAAGAAGAACAAGUUCACGCUACUCGUGACUCGCCUGUGCGUGAUGAUACUUCAGAAAUAGAAGAAACACGCGCAGCAUUAUCUACGGCGUCUUCAGAAGCUAUAGCAGCUAAAGUAGCUCUUAAAGAAGCUGAGAAUGUACUGAAAUCAUGGCAGUUAAAGGUUGAAGAGUUACAAACAGAAAUCAGUGAGUUAAGAGCUGCAGCAGAAAUAAGGAAAGAAGAAAUUAAUGCUGCAGGGGAGAGGGAAGCUGCUGCUAUAGCCGACUUAGCAGAGGCUAGGGCAUUAUUGCACCAGGUCAAUUCACAGGAUUUAGAACCUCAUGCUGCCAAAGGAAAUUCGUUGUUUGCUGAGGUAGAAGAUAAGCGUCAAGAAAUGGCAAAAAAUCUUAUACAAAUGAAGCAAACUAAUUCUAGAUUAAGAAGAGAUUUAGCCAAUAAGCAAGCAGAACUAGAUACUUUGUUACAUGAAAAACAAACUAUUUGGGAACAACAAGCUGGGGCCGCAGCACAUUAUGAUAGAGAACUUAUAGAAAGUUAUGAGGAGCGCAUAACUGAAUUGGAAGGUUUAUGUGAGAGACAAAGAAGGGAAUUGGCCCGAUGGUUCAAUAAACAUUGUGAUUCAAAUGCACAGGGCUGGCUUCCUGGAGUUUUAGAACAUUUGAAAACCCAAUGUGAUCAAUUGCGUGCUGAAGUGUUAUCUAGAGGGACAUCUCAAUUAGCCAGUGCCGUACAAGUGCGUGAAUUAAGAAGAAAAAUAGCUCAUCUGACGGCUACAAACAAACAGUCACCUGUACAAAUUAACGAUAAUGAUGUCAGUUUAAAAGUAAUACAUGUAAAGAAACCAGCUAUUGAAGAUGUCAAGAAAAAAGUGUCGUUCAAU